CGAGGCUGCACGCGACUUCGAGAGUGAAUGUUGCGCACCAAGUUGGUGGGCUUCUGCCGCGUUGCCUCGUCACCCGGGAGCGGAGCGUGCGUCAGGGUUGUGGUGCGAACGGUCGCCGCGGAGUUCUGCGAUCGUCGACGCGCUGUGGGGUCGCCGUGUUAAGCCGGUGGACUUACGGGGUCAUGCAAAUGUGCGCUGUCACUGUUGCCGAGACUUUUGAAGAGUUGGUUGCACUUGGUUGUCAAGAAAGUAUUAUCCGCCACAGUAUGUUCGCGUCCUUGAGCAUCGUGUUUCAAUAUUGCAUGACGAGUCUAGGCGUGGUUAAAUCCAAAUGGUCUUAACUUUUUCUAUAUUCUGGAUAGAGUUAUUGUCCUUCUUUCUUUCGCUGUCAAAUCAACGUUGUAAAACUGCGCUGCUGCCCGAUAACGAAAAUUGAGGGAAUUGCACGACAAAGAAAAUGGAUCCGAACUCCUCUAUCUCCCAUAUUAACAAAAAAUGAGCAACCCUCAUAAUUUGCAUGCCUGCGAUAGUGAUUCAAGGUAUGCUCUGAUGCCGGUCCCGCUGGGGCGCCUGCCCCCUGCUCACAUGAGCAGGUAAUGGUGCCGGGUUCAGCAAAGUGCCUAGCUCGGACUUUGAGCCACAGCCCCGUGACUGAGUUAAACAUGAGCAACUCUCAACGGUGAGGUGAGUUGAGAUAAGUUGAGGUGAGAUGAGGUGAGUUGCGAUGAGGUGAUUUGAGGUGAGUUGAGGUGAGGUGACGUGAGUUGAGGUGAGGGGAGUUGAGUUACGAUAAGGUGUGUGAGGAUGAUGAUUUGAGACGAGGCGAUCCGAGUCUUAUUAAGCCACCCCUGGAUUGGAGACGUCUGUACUCGCUCACACGUCAACACAUUCUGGGGCACGCCUCGUGACAUGCAAAUCAAACUGAAAGACUUCCUACUUGUCAUCUAUUAACGUGGCUUGUUCCUUGUUUAGCGUCUGAGACGCAGCCAGAGACUGCCUGAGAUACAGAGACUGUCUGAGCUACAACCAGAAACUGCCAGCGAUACAGAUAUAGACUGCCUGAGAUACAGACAGAGACUGUCUGAGCUACAGCGAGAGACUGCCUGAGCUACAGCCAGCUACUGCCUGAGAUACAGCCAGUGACUGUGCUACAGCCAGAUACACUCUGUGCUACAGCCAGUGACUAUCUGAGCUAUAUCCAGAGACUGUGCUACAGCAAGAAAACGGCCUGAGCAACAUCCAGACACUACCUGAGCUUCAGCCAGCGCCCGUCUGAGUGGAGCCACAGGACCAUGGCGAGUGCGGCUCCCACUGGUUGCGAGGCUCCAGGGGAGUUAACCUGCCCCAUCUGUCUGGACGAGUUCUGCUGCCCCUGUAUGCUCAGCUGCGGCCACUCGUUCUGCCUCAAGUGCGUGGAGGGCGCCUGGGAUGCGGCAGAGUCCUUCUCCUGCCCACAGUGCCGAGUGACUUUCCCUCGGAGGCCCAAGCUGAGCAAGAACUUCACGCUCGCCAACCUGGUGGAGCAGCGCAGUGCUACAGAGAAAAUGGCCACCGUGGUCUUGUGUGACUUCUGUAACGAUGGCACGACCGCUGCCUCGAAGACCUGCCUCAGUUGUGAUAUGUCCUACUGUGUGACUCAUGUAAAGCCUCAUCAGGAGAACCCGAAGUUCAGGGACCACAUUCUGGUGGCUCUAGCCACGAAUCCUGAAGACCACAAGUGCAAGAUGCACAGAAAGAAGAUCAAGUUUUACUGCCGACAGGACGAGAGCUUGGUCUGCACAACCUGCAUCAUCGUAGGAGACCACAAGGGUCACGAUGUGGCUACGCUGGAGGACGAGCACAAGACACGGGAGAAACAAGUGGGAGAGGAGACGUGGGCGGUGGAGAAGAAGAGGAGGAAGGCGGAGGAGUCCAAAAAGCGGAUGGAGGCCGCUCACAGGGACGUGCAGGAAUCGAUGACCGAGGUGAGGCAGCGAAUCAAUGGCGAGUUCGCCCGCAUGAGAGCAGCUCUGGACGAGGACGACAAAGCGGCUCUGGCUCGUGCGUCCAAGAAGGAGCGCGAGUUGCUGACCCAGAUCGAGAAGAACAUCGCUCACUACCAGCGUGAGAUCGGCGAUCUCCAGGCAGCAGCCACUCGUCUGGAGGGCCUAGCGCAGGAGAGGGACUCGCUCGCGUUCCUGCAGGUGAGCGAUGAGUCUCCGGUGUCGCUAUUGGCACAGAGCCCUCGGCAGCGUCAGAGUUGAGGCUCCUGAAUGAGGUUUUC